CUCCGUCGCCAUUUUUUUAUCCAUAAGCCCCUCCCCCUGGUGGUGCAUCCUCUCCUCUCCGGGAAGCGGUCCGACUUUCAUUCACUCCUGUGUGGAAGGGAGCGCCGCCUUUCUUGCUACAUGUCCUGUGUUGAAAGAUGGCUUCACCAAGGGCAGUAACAAUAUUGGCCCUUUCUGUUGCUCUGGGUUUAUUUUUUGUGUUCAUGGGAACCAUUAAGCUCACCCCGAGACUGAGCAAAGAUGCCUACAGCGAGAUGAAAAGAGCAUACAAGAGCUAUGCCAAGGCAUUGCCAGGUUUAAAGAAGAUUGGAAUUAGCUCUGUGCUGCUCCGUAAGAUCAUCGGCUCCCUGGAAGUCGGCUGCGGAGUGGUGCUAACUUUAGUACCAGGCCGGCCGAAGGAUGUGGCCAACUUCUUGCUGUUGCUGGUCAUGCUGGCUGUCCUGUUUUUCCAUCAGCUAGUAGGAGACCCUCUGAAACGGUAUGCUCAUGCUCUGGUUUUUGGUAUUCUGCUCACCUGCCGACUGCUUAUUGCCCGCCAGAGUGAUGAUCGUCCAGAGCGGGAAGACAGCAGAGAGGAACAGCACAUCAACGAUCAGGAAAGAAACAAGGUCAAGCAAUCUUAGGGUGCUCUUUCACCUUGACCCAGGCAGCAGUGAAGGAAACCUGCACUUCUUUGGACUGUAGAUUUUUAAGGGAAACACGUCGAAUAAUGAUCCCUUAAGUACAUCUCAUGUCUUGUCCAGCUGACUGAUUACUUUCUUCUUUUCAUCUGCACAUUUUACUGUGAAGCUAAAAUCCUGUCUUGACAUAUCUGUGGACAAUCUUGCCUGUGUAUCGCACCAUGUGAUCCAGUUUGUUUAUUUCAGUCCCACACUGUGUAAAUGUUUGUGAUUUCACUGAAGCAGGAUUUUAUUUAAUUUUUUUCAGUUUUGUUUGAGAAUGCUGUUUUCCAUGGUUGUAUUUGUAGCUUGUUUUUAUACUAUAAGUAGGAAACACUUUAAUUCGUUUGAAGCAUGCUUAAAUUGGUUUAGAGAAGAUAAAUCAAGAAAGAGCAGUGUUUAGAGGAUUUUAUACAUAUCCUCAUCCUUUUGGUAGCAGCGUUAAAAAGAGUACAUUACUGGAUGACUACUCUCUUUUUUUCAAAUGUCAUUAGAUUUUUUGGGGGGAUUUUUACAUUUUAAAAAUAAGCUAAUUAUUUUAUUUCAUAUCAUCUUGGUCAUCACAGUUUUUCUUUUAGGUAUACAGAAAAGGCAGCAGCUGUUGCUGCCCUUUACAAUAGAACUAACCAAAAGUACUUUAUUCUCUGUUAGGAGAUUUAUUCUUCUGUAACUCACUGAAGUCUUAAACUUCACAUGCAUGUUUUAAUUUUUCAUCUCUAAAUAAUUUGAUAGGCAUUUCUACUGGCAUUGUAAAGGCUGUUAAUAUUUCUGUAAAUGAUGUACUUAAAAUAAAACACUGGAGCUGA